UAGUUUUAACAGGAAAACAAAAAUAAAUAAAACUCCUUUCCUGCACACACACAGAGAAGGGGAGAGAGAGAGAGAGCAAGCGCUGAGGGUUUUGCUGCAGCUAUCUUAUUGAUUUGUGGUGGUGGGUUUAUGAGGGUUUGAAACCCAGAAAGCAGAGAAGCAGUAGUAGUAGGAGAAGCAACACAAGAGACGAGCGAAGAUGAGGAUAAUGAUAAAAGGAGGGGUGUGGAAGAACACCGAGGAUGAGAUCUUGAAAGCGGCGGUCAUGAAAUAUGGCAAGAAUCAAUGGGCUCGAAUCUCCUCUCUUCUCGUCCGCAAGUCUGCCAAACAGUGCAAGGCUCGCUGGUACGAGUGGCUCGACCCCUCCAUCAAAAAGACUGAGUGGACAAGAGAAGAGGAUGAGAAACUGCUUCAUCUUGCUAAACUCAUGCCCACACAAUGGAGAACAAUUGCACCAAUUGUUGGUCGUACUCCAUCGCAAUGCCUUGAGCGGUAUGAGAAACUCCUUGAUGCAGCCUGCGCUAAGGACGAGAACUAUGAACCAGGGGAUGACCCUCGGAAAUUGCGUCCUGGAGAGAUUGACCCAAACCCUGAGUCCAAGCCAGCACGUCCAGAUCCUGUUGAUAUGGAUGAGGAUGAGAAGGAAAUGCUUUCUGAAGCACGAGCUCGGUUAGCCAACACAAAGGGAAAGAAGGCAAAGAGGAAAGCUAGGGAGAAGCAGCUUGAAGAGGCUAGGAGACUCGCUUCUUUACAGAAGAGGAGAGAGUUGAAGGCAGCUGGGAUUGAUAAUAGGCACCGAAAGAGGAAAAGAAGGGGAAUAGACUAUAAUACGGAGAUUCCAUUUGAGAAGAAGGCUCCUGCUGGAUUUUUUGAUGUCUCCGACGAAAAUAGGCCUGUAGAUCUGGUCAAAUUUCCGGUCACAAUUGAAGAACUUGAAGGGAAAAGAAGAAAUGAUGUGGAAGCACAAUUGAGAAAACAGGAUAUUGCGAAGAACAAAAUUGCGCAAAGGCAGGAUGCUCCGUCAUCUAUAUUGCAAGCCAACAAGAUGAAUGAUCCGGAAACAGUUAGGAAGAGGUCGAAACUUAUGCUUCCUGCUCCACAGAUUUCGGAUCAUGAGUUGGAGGAGAUUGCAAAGAUGGGAUAUGCUAGUGAUCUUCUUGCAGGGAGUGAGGAAGUUAGUGAAGGAAGUGGUGCAACACGUGCUCUUCUUGCAAAUUAUGCACAGACACCACAGCCAGGAAUGACGCCUUUACGAACUCCCCAAAGAACACCUGCUGGUAAGGGUGAUGCUAUUAUGAUGGAAGCAGAAAAUCUAGCCAGGUUGAGAGAGUCUCAGACACCAUUAUUAGGAGGAGAAAAUCCAGAGUUGCAUCCUUCUGAUUUUUCAGGGGUCACUCCUAAGAAACGGGAGUUACAGACACCAAAUCCGAUGCUGACUCCAUCAGCAACUCCUGGAGCUGCUGGACUAACUCCUAGAAUUGGCAUGACACCAUCAAGGGAUGGCUUUUCUUUUAGUAUGACCCCUAAAGGAACUCCACUCAGGGAUGAACUUCAUAUUAAUGAAGACAUGGAUAUGCAUGAAUCUGUGAAACUUGAACAACGAAGGCAAGCUGAUUUGAGAAGGAACUUGCGGUCGGGUUUAACCAAUCUUCCACAGCCCAAGAAUGACUACCAGAUAGUUAUGCAACCGGUUCCGGAAGAUAAUGAAGAACAGGAGGAGAAGAUUGAAGAAGAUAUGUCUGAUAGGUUAGCUAGAGAAAGAGCUGAGGAAGAGGCACGGCAGCAGGCAUUACUUAGGAAAAGAUCUAAAGUACUGCAAAGGGAGCUUCCUAGACCUCCUGCAGCUUCUUUGGAUCUAAUUAGAAAUUCUCUGAUGAGAGCAGAUGGAGACAAGAGUUCCUUUGUUCCUCCCACUUCUAUCGAGCAGGCAGAUGAAAUUAUAAGAAAGGAGCUUCUAGCCCUGCUAGAUCAUGAUAAUGCAAAGUAUCCUGUUGACAAAAAAAUGAAUAAGGAGAAAAAGAAAGGUUCCAAGCGUUCUGCAGAUACAACUUAUGUCCCAGAAAUUGAAGAUUUUGAAGAAGAUGAGCUUAAAGAGGCUGAUUCUCUGAUAAAGGAAGAGGCACAGUAUCUUCGUGUGGCAAUGGGGCAUGAGGAUCAAUCCCUAGAUGAAUUUGUUGAAGCACACAAAACUUGUCUAGGUGAUCUCAUGUACUUCCCCACCCGUAGUGCUUAUGGUCUCUCAAGUGUUGCUGGAAACAUGGAAAAACUGGCAGCCUUGCAGAAUGAAUUUGACAAUGUGAAAAGGAAGAUGGAUGGAGAUAAAGCUAAGGCAGAAACCCUUGGGAAGAAGGUUGAAAUUCUCACACAAGGUUAUGAGAAACGGGCUAGAAUGGGUCUCUGGCCACAAAUUGAGGCAACCAUAAAGCUGAUGGACACUGCUGCAACAGAACUUGAGUGCUUCAAAGCUUUACAAAAGCAAGAGCAAUUAGCAGCGUCGUACCGUAUAAAUGGUAUCCGGGAGGAAGUUCAGAAACAAAAAGAGCUGGAGCGAACUUUGCAGGGGCGGUAUGGAGAUCUUGUAGCAGAGCUGGAAAGGGUACAAAGCCUCAUGGAAAAAUACAGAGUACAAGCACAAAAGGAAGAAGAAAUUGCAGCCAAGAAUCGUGCUCUAGAGUUGGCUGAGGCUGAAGAAGGUAAGACUGUUGUGCCAAGCACAGAGACUCCUGUGCCUAUAGCCUCUGAUGAACAACUUGGAAGCUCUGUUCCAGUUGGACCAUCCCACGAUGAAAAUGAAGGACAGCAAAGGGAUGCUUCACGAAGCCCAAAAACUGAUAUGGAUGUUGAUAUCGAGAAAGAGCAUGAAACACUGUGCAUAGACGCAACAGUUGUUCAAGAUAAUGGUCCGGAAGGUUCUGAUAUUCAGCUCUCAGAGUCUGAAAGAAACCCUGGUGGAGUUCUGGACACGGUUGUGGAGAAUGAUAAGAUGAUUACCAACUCGGUUGAUGAUGUGGCUGGUGAUAGUAGCACGAGUACUGAGGUUGCCAAGGAGGCUCAGGAUAUUGAGGAUCAGCUGAAUGUUGUGGAAGCUAGAAAACUGGAUGGUGUCUUGACCAAGCAAGAAGACCAAGUCUCAGAAGCAAGUGGCAAUGAUGAUUUCGGCAGUGGAGAUGCCAAGCAAGUUUCUGGUGACAAAUAGGAGGUGGCGAUUUUGGCUGGAGAUGGCAUAUAUCCAAUUUUAAAUGUUUGGAAGUUGAGAAGAAAUCAAACUCUUUCUGAAUGGGAUUUAACUGAGAAGCAAACUAAACUACAAUUGCAGAUAAGAACAGGAAAUGAAGUUGGAAAUGUAACAGAAGUUGUGAUCUGAGAGCAGUAAUCAGGGGCCUUUAAAGAGUCAGACUGUUCUAAUUUUGUCAUUAAGAUCUUAAUGUGGACAAGGAUAAGAUCAUAAUCUGGUCAUGUGUACGGUAUAGCUGUUAUUAAAUGAGGAACUAUUAUAGCUUUCCUUGCGAUAA